UUCUACAUCUUGUUCGCCGGAGCACUCCUACCGGCGCUUGUGAAAGCUCGGAAGUAAAUUGUGACUUGAGUUAAACUCGUCUAUUGUCGUGAAAGUGAUAACGGUGGUGGCGUUACUUGUUUUUGUGUCGAGACAAACGAUUUGACGCCAUGGGACGAAAGUCUCGGCGUGAACUUCACUCGGGGUCCAGCAGUAGUGAUAGUGAAAGUGGAGGAUCAAAAAGAAGUGGCUCCGGUUCAAGAAGUGGAUCCGGUAGCAGGAGCGGAAGUAGAUCCAGGAGCCAUUCAGGCUCUCCUGCCAGUCGGCGGUCCGGGUCAGCGCAGUCAAAGAAGUCGUCUUCUCGUAGCAGAUCCCGAAGUAAAUCACACAGCGAAAGUGGCGCGCGAAGCAGUGGGUCGGGAUCACCGAGUCCAGAACGACAGAUCCGUUCACGCAGUGGUAGUGUCGCUUCGAAUGCUAGCAGAUCCCGAUCUCGGUCAAAUUCGAAUUCGAAGUCUCCAGCGUCUGCCAAAUCGAAAUCUCGCUCCAGAUCGAAAUCUCCUUCGAAGUCAAAAUCCCGAUCGAGAUCUCAAUCGAAGUCUAAAUCCAGGUCAAGGACGCCAUCUGCCGGGUCUCGAAGAUCCCACGGUUCAGGUUCUCGGUCGCGGUCUCGUUCCCGAAGUGCUGCCAGCGCAAGAAGUCGCAGUGGUUCAGGCAGUCGUUCAAGAAGCGGAUCCAGAGCUGCAUCAGGCAGUCUUGCCAGCAGAGGCAGCGCUCAGAAAAGAAGUAAAUCGGACUCGGAUUCAGAAGUCGAAUCGAAGCAUAAGAAAUCGAAAAAAACAUCUGAUGAAGAGGUGGACAAAGCUGGCGGGGAUCGACCUGAAAUUGAAGAUAUCUUUGGGGAGGAACUCGGAGAUAUAAGUGAUGAUGAUGAUGAUGAUGACGAGGCUGAGGAAAAAAACCAACCCGAAAGAGAGGUUCGUCGUAUGGGUGACCUCGAUGAAGAGGGUCCAGAUGACGAGGAAGGAGAGACUGCGGAAGAGACUCCGGCGCCUCCACCUGAGACUCGUAUCGAUGUCGAGGUGCCUCGAAUUCAAACCGAUCUAGGUCAUGAAUUACACUUUGUUAAAUUGCCUAACUUUCUUUCAGUGGAAACUCGGCCGUACGAUCCUGAAACUUAUGAAGAUGAAGUCGACGAAGAUGAAGUUCUUGACGAAGAAGGACGAGCGAGGCUUAAGCUUAAGGUUGAGAACACCGUUCGAUGGAGGACGGUUUAUGAUCCAGAUACAGGUGAUCCGGUGAAACAAAGCAAUGCGCGUCUUGUACGGUGGUCUGAUGGAUCACUCAGUCUGCACCUUGGAGCUGAGAUAUUCGACGUUCACAAACAUACGCUUGUGAGUGGAGACCACAAUCACUUGUUUAUUCGACAAGGCACAGGUCUUCAAGGACAGGCUGUAUUCCGAACAAAGCUUUCGUUCCGACCACACUCUACCGAUUCAUUUACCCACAGAAAAAUGACUCUUUCACUCGCGGGACGAUCCCAAAAAACCAACAAAGUUCGGGUGCUUCCAACGGUUGGCCUGGAUCCUGAAAAGAAUCGUGGUGAAAUGAUGCGUAAAGAAGAAGAGAAGCUUCGUGCGUUUGUUCGACGAGACAACAAGCAACGGAGAAUUAAGGACAGGGCGCGAGGAAUUAAUGCAGAUUACCUGGAGGACGACGAGGAUGGAAUUUCACUCAACGCGAUCAAAAACAACGCUAAGAAAAAGCAGGCUGCUUCAAACAUCUACUCCGAUUCGGAUUCGGAAGAUUCAGAUGACUCCGGCAUUCGACGAAGAAAGGCCUCAGACAACAAAACCAAAGCCAAAAAGAUUCAGGAGUCAGACGAGGAGGAAGAAGAUUAUUUUGAUAAGAAGGCUCGACAGGAAGGCGGCAAUGCAAGCGCCAGUAACAACAAUACCAGCAACGAUGCAGGUCGAUCGUCUGACAAGGACGGGUCAGAUAAAGAUUCGGGAUCUGACGAUGAAAAAAAAUCCGUAGGUAGCGGGAAAAGCAAAAGUGGGUCAGGUAGCGACAGUGAUUAGGAAAUUCAUAGCAAAAAAUGACGCAGACGACAAACAAAUCUUUAUAGAAAUAGUUUGCCAUUUAGGUGGUAAGACACAACAGAAAAAGUGAACCUAAACUCGUGCACAGAGCCGUUGGUGCUUAUUGGUAGAGUCAGUAGGGACUCUUCCAUUUAACAGAGAGUCGAUCUCGCUUUUAAAUUCCAGCGAAAACGAUAAGAAGAAUGCACAACAAUAUAUUAUAAUUACAAGUUACGAAUGACUGUCUUACGGUCGAACGCUUGUUGAGAAAUGCAGAAGGUGUUAUAAACUAGCGUUAGAAUCAGUGGGAGGGAACGGAGUGGAGGCUGAACCGGUAUGGGUGUAAUUAUCACAUUAGACGAGCUUUCCUAUAGUGCCGAUGAUAGCGAUGGUACACGCAUAUAUAUAACUCACUUGGAUAAAAAGUGGCACGAAUGCCGAUCACGUAGAAAUUAAUGAUGUAUUUAUAUUGUAUAUUAUGUCUCAAUGAAUAAAUACGAGUUUGGUUAUUCAAUCUUUGGUUUAUGUACUGCUUUCAAUCCUGUAAGUAUGCAUUUAGUCGGCAUUUAGUAACAUAAGUUAAGCAAACAGUCUUUGUUUAUUCAUUUACUAUGUCGUUGUACUCGCUUUUAUACCAAGUUUGUCUAUAUUGUUUAUUUUAAUUUGAAAAACUCGCAUGAUGACGAUUUUUCUUUAUUUACCUGAUUUUCAUCUCUAUUUUGGGCACCCGUUUUGUAAAAGCAGCAAAAAAUGUUUUGCGAAUAGCCUAAGAUGGCACGUGUAAAAAAACGAAACGACAGAAUAUUAAUAAAAUAUAUAUUGAGAGUCGAUAUUCUGUGACCUAGUUUGUCGGUUCUCUCGAAAUUUAUUCAGCCUUCAAUGUUUAUCGCAUAUUAUAUCAAAAAUAGGCCGUUAGGUAAAUAGAACGGUGUUAAAUAAGGUAAUCAAUCGCCGCUAUCUUUCCUUUGUUGUAGGGCAUCUAUCUUUCUAAUUGACUGCGCAGUAUAGUUAUCAUAAACAACAGUCAAUAAUCAUCCUUAUUCAGAGAUUUCUUUGAAUAGUAAUAAUAUAUCACAAACGAUUUUCCAUUCAUAAACUGACGGAUCUUUAUUAGCGAGCACAAUCUACAACUAGUCCCUAUGAUCGUAUCUUUUACAGGUGAGGGCUACUAUGGGGCACUAGUGGAUCAUAUGGUUUAGUGUGUCCGCCUCUAUGGGACUGAUAGAUUUUGGUUCCUCGAUUGUCGCUGCGAAGUGGCUAUGUAACCGUUGGGAAAACGAGA